AAGUGGAAAGCAUUUUUAAUCUAAAUUUCUGUAUCAUAUCAGCCAGGUACUUUUUGGAAAACUGAUUUUAAAAAAUUGAAAUUUUAAAAGCGCUAUUCAAUAUGACUCAAUAUGGCCACAAACUGAGCUGGGCUGUUGGCAAAAAGACGGUGUUGUGCAUCGGCACCACGACCAUUGACUUUGUCUCGACCAUAAAGCAUUUUCCCGAGGAGAACUCACAUCAGAAGGUCAUUGGAGGAUACUGGAUUCGCGGUGGAAAGGCCUCGAACAACUGCACCGUUCUGGCGAAUCUGGGGGUCAAAGUGGAGUUCCUAGGAAUGCUGAGCAGUUGGAGUGUGUUUCAAGUUCUGGUCGAUGACCUGAAGAGUCGGGGCAUUAUUAUCGAGAACUGUCCAACCUGUGACCAGGGUGCUCCCUUCUCAUCCGUGAUACUCACCAAGGCGACUAAGACGCGGAACAUUGUCUACUGCAAUAAUAACUUCCCGUACGUUAGCAUUGAUGAUUUCCGGAAGCUGAACCUUAACCAAUAUGGAUGGAUUCACAUUCGGGCACUAUACUUUGAUAAGUCGUUGCCAAUGGUCAAGGAUAUAGAGGCAUACAAUGCGAACAGGAAGGACAAGAUCGUGCUAUCGAUGGAGUUUGAUAAUAACCUGGAUGACAUGUGGCCUCUGAUGGAUUACUGUGACUAUGCCGUAUUCUCUAAGAAGCUGGCCCAACCGAAUGGUUGGGUUUCUCUAGAGGAUGCCUGCAUGCAGCUGGACGAGCGAUUGCGUAUGCGUUGGGGCCUUAAUCUCAAGCGACCGUAUGUGGUCGUCCUUUGGGGUGAUCAGGGUGCCGGCAUCUUGGAUCUCAAUGGCAACUUCACCCACGUCAAGCCCCACAAGCCCAAACGCAUCGUGGACGCCUUGGGAGCUGGGGACACCUUCGUGGGCGCCUUCAUCUAUGCGCUCUAUAUCCGGGAAAGAUCCGUUUCAGUUGCCGUGGACUUUGGCAAUCGCAUGGCCAGCUACAAAUGCACGAAAAAUGGGUACGAUCAUAUUGCCAAUAUUUUACUGCCUCCGAUUUUAUGAUUGGGUCGAAAUUGAAUUUCUCAUUUGGAAAAUUUUGGAGAAAACAAAACAAAAGGCAGUAGUUAAAAUAAA